AUGGGUUGCCAUAUCGAGGUAUCCCAGGUUCACAUCAAAGCCACCGUGGGCUCGACCAUUUUCUUCAAUGCCCGCAUCUCUGCCCCUCGAGGCUGCGAGGUCACCACAGCAGCGUGGUUCCGGAGUGGCAGGGACGACCGCAUGGCCACCUACGACGCCUCCACCCGACGCUGGACACCGUCCGAGAGCUCGGUUCAGUACCGGGGUAGGGUGGACCUGAGCCCGGGAAACGACCUGGGGAGCGAUGGAGGUGGCACAGCGUGGCUCCGACUGCGGGAGCUGAGGAUGGAGGACGAUGGCAUUUACGAGGUCAAGGUCGCCUGGAGGCACGAGACCUACGAGUGGACGGAUAGCGAGAACGUCUUUCUGACUGUGCUCAACCCCUGCCUGGUGAACUUCUCCAAGUCGCGGGCGGUGGUCGGUGGCUCCCUGUCCUUCACUCUGACCAAGCCCCCUGCCGACUGCCGCCUCCUAAACAUCUCCCUCCAGCAUCCCAGAAAGGUUGACAGAGCAUGGGCAGAGCCAGUGAGGAUCCUGACCUGGGAUCACAACUCAGGUCUCAGGCCGGAGGCUGGCUACGUGGACAGAGUGGCGGUGGUGACGGAAUCUAAAGCAGUCCUGCAGUCAGUCGAGUUGAAGGGGCUCACACGGGAGGACGCGGAAGAGUUCAUGAUCUCGCUUUGGUGGGAGUACAAGGGCAGCGCCUUUAAUGUGUCAUGGACCGAGCAUGUGAAUAUCAAUGAAGGCUCCUUGUAUCUGCGCUGCGUCGUGCACCAGGGCUCCCCUCCCAUCUACUACUCGUGGCUCAGGGGGGACGAGAGCUCGGGGGGGAACCUCACAGAGACCGGGGUCCACACGGAGACGUGGACCCUGCACGACGCGCGGCACGGUGACGCGUUCGCCUGUGAGGUCAACAACAAAGUGGGCGGGGCAAAUACGACGACGGAGAGGAGCGACAUCGUGACGGUGACGACAGCGUUAUCAGAAGGUACUCAGCACUACAUCUACUGGUCCCCUGUUCUCAUCAUCCUGAUGCUCAUCGCGAUCACGUGCCUCACCAUUUACCACCGCCAAAAAGCUCGGAGGAUGUCGUCACCGCCACGCCCGCCGCCACCACAGCAGCCGCUCGCCUCCUGCAAGAGACCACAAGAGGUGCGGGACCACUUGGACGGGGAGGGGGUGACCUACGCAUCGCUCGACGACCACGCCCUCAACCCCUCUCGCGCUGCUCAAUCCUCCCGCGGUCACCUCGGCCCCGGCUCCCGCGACCCCUCCCACGUGAUCUACGCCUCGCUGCAGGGCGACGGCGGCGGAUACGGCGGCGAUGACGGCGACAUCGUCGCCUAUGCGGCGCUCGACCAGUGGGCGCUGAACCGCCGAGGCCCGGGUCCAACCCCUCAUGCGGGACGUGGAGGAGCGGGUCGCGGCGCUGACGGCGACUCUGACCGCGUCGAGUACGCCCGGGUGGUUGUCGGGGCGACGGACCGCAGAGGGCGCGGAGGUCGCAAUGGUCACAAUGGUCAAGUUUAGGGUGACUGGGUGGGGAGGGGGAAAGGUCACGGAGGUCAAGGUCGGGUGAUGGGCAAGGUGGUGAAUGUUACAGAGUGAAGGUCACAAAGCUCGAAAAGUGAUUGGUCGGGAGGCGAGGUUCAAAAGGGGGUCGGAGGAGAGGUUCAAAACCGCAAAAAGGCGGAGAAGCGAAGGUUCGAUGGUGGUGGCGACCAUAAUUGAG